AUGGACAAGACCACACGCGCGAUCCAGAGUCCAGAGACACCUAGAGCCAGCACACAUGUUACAGUAGUAAAGAGUACCUUAAUGGCGCUCAGACCAACGACAGAGCACCGCCGACGGUGCAAAAGGGUGCGGACGACGGCUCUGCUACCAUGGCAGCAGACCGGACAGUGGCGGACAAGGUGGUGUCAAGCGCGGCGAACCUGGCGCAGCUCCUGCCGACUGGCUCGGUGGUGGCGUACCAGGCGCUGUCCCCGUCCUUCACCAACCACGGGACGUGCCAUCCCGUCAACAAGUGGCUCACGGCCACACUGGUCGCUGUCCUCGCCGCCUUCUCCCUCCUCCUCCACCGACAGCGUCGUCGGCCGAGACAGCAGGCUCUACUACUGCGUGGCGACGCCCCACGGGUUCAACGUCUUCAACUUCUCGGGCGAGCAGGAGGAGCGGGAGUGGGCGCUCGGCGAGAUCCAGAAACUUCGCCUUCGGCCGCUGGACUACGUGCAUGCCGUCGUCGCCGCCGUGGUGUUCCUCACCGUGGCCUUCAGCGACGCCGGCCUCCAGAGGUGCUUCUUCCCCAACGCUAGCAACAGCACCAGCGAGCUUCUCAAGAACCUGCCUCUAGGGAUGGCGUUCCUAUCAAGCUUUGUCUACAUGAUCUUCCGGACAAAACGGAAGGGCAUUGGAUACAGCGAUACAACUCCUCGCAAAAAGGCAUGA